CAGUUAAAGCUGUGGUCGAAUUGGGGAAAGUAACUGGGUGUGAGGUUGGUUUUGGUGGUGUGUGGUGUGAUGUAAGUUCGGGAGGGGUUGUUUUUUUUUUCUUCGCCACGAACCCUAGGCGCCCUAGGCCAUUGCUGAAUGGUCUAGGGGAAAAUACAGAUUGGUAUCUUCGAUACUAAGAAGUAAAUUCAAAUGCAAUGUUGAAAGUGUCACGCAGUAUUAUGUGAGUAUAGUGUGAAAGUGCUUAAAUCAUUAUUGGGCUCAGAAGAGAACUUCUGACAGAACUGCAGCACUGGCGACUGAACAGGCGGGCCCAUCGGGUUUUGGUGGUGUGCCUGUAAUUCCAGGCCAAAGGGCCCCUAAAAUGGGGGCGUUGGACAGUGGAGGAUCAGAUGGAAGAGAUAGACGGGGCGGGUCUCAGGGAGUGCAUAUGCCAGUACCUAGUCAAACCCGCGGAGGUUUACGAGUGUAUAAAAUCGUUGUACUGGGAGACGGUGGUGUGGGAAAGUCAGCUUUGACACUGCAGUUUGUGAAGCAUAGAUUUUUGGACUACCAUGACCCAACAAUAGAGGAUGCAUACCAGCAACAAGCAGUCAUAGAUGGUGAAGCAUCCCAGUUGGACAUAUUGGACACAGCUGGACAGGUGGAAUUCACUGCCAUGAGAGACCAAUACAUGCGAUGUGGAGAAGGUUUCAUGAUUUGCUAUUCUGUCACUGACAGACAUAGUUUCCAAGAAGCUGUAGAGUAUUGUAAAUUAAUCACAAGAUUCCGAGCUUCUGAAGACAUACCUUUAGUCCUCGUUGGAAACAAAUUUGAUCUUCAGACACAAAGAAAGGUGUCUCCAGAUGAAGGACGUGCAUUGGCAUCACAGUUCGGCUGCCCAUUCUACGAGACAUCAGCAGCACUGAGACACUAUGUGGAUGAUGCCUUUCACACUCUUGUACGUGAGAUCCGUCUAAAGGAACGUGAACGUCACCACACCAACAACAAACUUCACAAACACAGUCGAUGGCGCAGACUGCGUUCCAUAUUCACAAUUGUCUUUAAACGCCGGCGUAAUUACUCACCCUGAAUGUCCAUAAUAUAUA